AUGGCUUCGCUAUGUCUCGGCUGCGCUCGCCUCCAGGCUCCGCUGCUUCCUCCGCGGCUGCCCUCUGGCCUUGCGCCUCCGCCGACUCGUCUCUGUUCGUCUCCGCUGCCGCCUGCGAACCACAGUUUGUCCCCCGUUUGUAGCUCCAGGCUACGCGGGACGAGCCCGCCCCUGGCUGCCGCGAACAAACCAGCCGAGAAGGGCGGCGUGAUUAAGCGCAGACCGCUUGCACUCGCGGAGACAUCCGGUCACCAAGCCAUCCACGAUGCUGGCCGCGACGUCCUCCGCGCCGGAGGAGGAGCUUGGCGUUUCGCCGUCAGUCUUUGCGAACCAGGCUGCACUCCCGUCCCGUCUCCGCUCCACAGGGGCAGACGAGGAGACACCUGUCUCCUCCGCAUGCCCACGCUGACAUCUGGAGAGCUUGGGAGACUCCUCGCCGUGCAGGGCCAGCGGCGGUCGGUCGUCUCGCUCAUGCAGCUGCUAAGGAAGAAGAAAAAGAAGAACGGCGUGGCGCAGCCUCGCAAGAAAGUUCAGUAUAUAAGGACCCCAGAUCCGCUGCUGACCGCAGCCAAAAACCGGGAUAUCUCUCAUGGUGGCACGCGUCGGGGAGCUUCCGCUUCGAAGCUGGCGCCGCCAUUUUCUUCGCGUCCGCCCGCCGAGGACGAACUCGAGCCCUUCAUCUUGAACGACGUUCACGAGCGCGAAUUCGCCGUCCGCCGCGAAGAGCGGUCAUCUGAGCAGUUGCCUUUGGACAGCGGAGACAGCUUCGCGGGCGUCAGCUGCAGACGCUUUGACGCGAUUGCGGGAAAAGUAUUGCAGGUGUCGACUGCCGCGGGCGGAGAGCGACGCAGCAUCCGGCUGGAAAACGACCGAGGCGGAGUUAUACCGUCCGCUUCGACGACAGCCCACGUGCAGCUGAGGCAUCUCGCGCAAAUGCGGAGUGUCAAGCACCUCGCUUCCUACCUGCUUCAGUUUUCCAAGACGCUUCCGGCCUCGAAUAGCGCAGAAGCGUACACCGCAGUUCUUCGGCGGCUCGAGAUAAGCGCGUGCCUCAUGGACUGCGAAGACAUUCGGCGCGCAGCCGCCGCCGUCGCGAACUUCCGCAGGGGUCGGAACGUGGUCCACGCGGCGAGCGACGAUCCGCUCCUGCGUCCUCUUAGCGCGGCGCGCCGGGGACCGGAGACGCGGCGGGAGAGGAGGCGGAAGGACGAGCGGUGCGAGGGCGAUGGGGCGGAUCUACUCGCCCACGGCGACAGACGGGUCACGGGCGCCUUUCGAGAGCCGCUAGCCGUCGAACGCGAAACAGACGACGCCUUGCGGGAAGCCGAGGAUAAAGUUGUGGCAGCGCUCAUGAAACGGGCAGCCGAGACGCUGGACGAGGCGACCCCCCUACGCACGGCUUGUCGUCUGCUGGCUCUGUUCGCCGUAUGCUUCCGCGUCUUUUACCUCCCGUUCUACGCCGCUUUCUCGCUCAAGUUUUCCCAGCAGCACCUACGAGCGUCUGGGCAAGAGCUCGCCGACGUCGCGCAUGCAUUUGCGUCGCUUCACCUAAAGGACGGCCAUCUCUUCGAAAGCGUGGCGACAGCCUCGGCCUCAAUACUGUCGACUUUCUCGCCUACCCAUCUGAGUCGUCUGCUUCUCUCCUUCGCGCUUGUCGGCCUCUCCUGCGAGUCGCUCUUUCUCCGCGCCGCGACCCACAUUGCCCGCCUUUCGACGCGGUUUUCUGCGGAAGAAGUGGGACACCUCGCUUUUGCGUACGCGAGGUUCCGGCUGUGCACGCCUCAGCUCCAGACCGUGUUGACGGCUCGCGUGCCGGACAUCGUCCCUUGCCUGCCUUCUCCUCAACUGGCGGAGCUCGUUAUCUCCGCGAGGCAGCUGAGGAUUCCUCUGUCUCUCGAAUUGCAGGCGCAGAUAGCCGAGUACCUGGAUUUCUGUGCCCUAGACUGGGAACUGUUUGGCGCCGUCCUCUCCGCGCUGUCGCCCAUGCCAGCGCUGCCUCUAUCGUUCUGGCAGGAUGCGACCACGGAGUGCUGCUCGAGGCUCCUGCUUCCUCUUGCGUCGAGAGGUGCGCUAGCAGAGUACGAUUUCAGGGGCAACAGUCCGGAGAAAGCGAAUGAACCCGUGCGCGAACAACGUGACUUCGAUUGCCACACUGGCGCGAAGGCUGGCGCGACACGGGGUCCCGACAGUUCAGUUCGGCCAGAGGCGCCUUGGGGAGGCGAUGUAGACUCCCCUCCUCUGACUCCAAGCGCCGCCACCGGUCCAUCCUCGGAUUCGCAGCCCUCUGCUGUCGCUGCCGCCGCCGCCGCUGCUGCUGCCUCGAGCCCGUUGAGGCCUCUGGUUUCCCCCAUACCCCCAGCGUCUGCGUUGGUGGACUGCUUCGUCUCUUUUUCCUCGCUCUUUUCGGAUGCCCUCUCUGGUGCGAAAACUGCGCCCCCCGAUGUGCGGGUUUCUGUCUCGACUGCCCUCGUCGCCAUCGCGCGCAGCCUGUGCUCGCCUCCGAACGGGACUGCCGGGGAUGAACAAACAGGGCCCCGGCUCGCCGCUUCGUCGGUGGCUUCGCCCGAGCGGAUUGGCGAAGGCGCAAGAGCACCGGUGGAAACCCUUCUCCCGGCAGACGUUGCGAGGCUUUACAGGGCGUUGAGAGGCGGUGUCAGGACCGCGUGGGAUGUAGAGAGGAGACACUGGGCGGAAGAGUCUUCGAGCGACGAACCUUGGCAUGGACAGACUCUGGGCUCGGCCGCCUCUCAGGACGGAAACUCGAUGCGGAAUCCUAGUGCACAUCAGGGACCAGAAAUCAAAAGCGGAGAAGCGGCAUCAGCGAGAGACGGCACCGAGUCGUCGCCCAUGCCAUUGGAAGGCCACACGACGGUUGACUGCGAGAGGGGAACGCAGGGGGCGCACCAGCCGCGCGAAGUUACAGACUUCACGCACAUGCGAAGUAAUCGGCAGCACCUUCUCAGCGGUGCACAUCGAGACAGCUUGUGGAUAGAUGCACAAGUAAACAGCCUCCUGUGUCUCUCUGAAGUGCGUGAUCGACAGCGGCUCUCUGCCGCAUGCAACGCUGCUACGCGAGGGCUUUCUCAAAGUGAAGAGAAUAGUCAGAUGUGCCUAUCCCGUGAAGGAGAUGCACUGCGAGCAACGAGAAGAGAUCGUGGAAAGUUAGAAGGCACUCCGUAUGGCUUCGUGCCUCACGAGGACGCAGAUGCAGAGCUCCGCGUGGCUGAUCUGUGGAUGCACUCUGUCGUCGCUCGCGCUAGCCACACAUUGCCCAGCGUAGCAUCUGACCGAGAUGCAGGAGGCGAACUGGACCUACAGAACGGGCAUGUGGAAUUUCUAGCAUCGCGAGCUUUACUUGGCGCAGCAAAGUCCCUAAUGUCCGACGCGGUCCAGGAGGAAUCGAUCUUGGCGCUCGAGAUGGGGCUUCUACGGCGUUACUUGUCGCUGGAUCCUAAAGCAUUCAGUCUCUCUCAGUUGCUUGCCAUCACGUAUUCACUGAUCUCACUGUAUCCACCGCCGCCUCAAUGCAUCCUAUCCUCUGCCUCGAAACUGAGUAACGCGGUCUCGCGCUCGGCUUCACCUCUUCACCGAGUCAACUCUGCUUCGUGUUCGGUGGCAGGUUCUGGAGAAGAGAGCAAGCCGCAGCUGCGGCGCUCUCUUACUCCCGCGUCCUGGGGAGCCGGGGCCUUUCUACGGGUUGCUUGUCAGCGACUGGCUAGUGCGCUGUGCAGCGUGCAAAAGAAGGAGGGUGUGCGAGAAGACGACGCUGCUCGAGCUAUUCAGUACUUGCCGUUUCUACCACAGUUCGUUGUCAGAAGCUUCGUGGUCCACCACUACCCAGACGUGCCUUUGUGGCCUCUGCCGUCCCCAGCCGCGAACGCCCUCGGUGACGCCAUUCGGUCACCCGACAAUGUUUCGGCACGGGGCAGGCGGCAAUCACUCGUCUCCUUCACGUCUCCGGUGGUUGCCGCAGAGGUGGAGAAGCUGCUUGAGAAAGAUGGAAUUGACUUCUCUGCUAAUUAUGUCGAAGGUCCCUUCAGCGUGUUGGGGGUCGAGAACUCUGCACCCAUCGCGUACCUCUUCCUGGCUCCCGACUGCUACCAGUUGCGGCCUUUAGCUGCACGACCCCGCCUGGCAGGCGGAAGAGAAGCCGGUAGUCAGCAUAACGAGUGCAGCGGUGGAACACAUCACCAGUGGUCUGGGGUCUGCCCUUCGCGUCAGAAGGCGGCACUGGGUGCAUCGCGUCGGAGCGAAGAACACUUUGGUGUCGCUGUCGAUAUUCCCGCGGAGAGCGGGAGACUCGACAAGCAGAGAGACGCUAUUUUUUUUUCGUGGGAUCACGCGCCAGUCAGUGGUCCACGGGGUCUCGGUGGCGGGCGAUUGCGAUUCGCUCUGGAACGGUAUCAGCUGCGCCUCGCCCGAGAAGCACAAUUCGCACGCGCGGCAGUUCGACUUGCAGUCCUGGGCAUCAUUCGGCGCCUCUUUCGUCAAUCAGCAAGCGAUAGUCAGCUUCUGCAAGGCAAACUCGGGAUGGAGACGCAGCAGAAAACAAGUAAGACACCGCAGGAACUGCAGGCGAGAGCCCACGUGCCGACUACUUUUCUGCUCAUGGCGCGCUUUUUGGAACGGGGUUCUGACCUGGCGGUCGUCUGCGUAGCGUCGGGCGCUGACGCGGCCGCAACCAUGGCCGCGAGCACGGGUGCGAUCGUGAAGAAUGCUGGCUGCGGAUUGGUAGCUGACGAGGUGCCGCUGUCGUUUCAUAAGUGUUGUGCGGUGCCAGUUGCUUCUCGAGUCUGCGGAGGGCACCUACACAGAUCGCAAUCGGAGAAUCAAGGUGCCAGUGGCACUCCAGAGCUCCAGCGAAUCGACUCACAAGAGCAGCGUGUCGGCACAUCUGGAGAAGCCGCACCCAGGACUGAAGCCGGGACGGGUCUGACGCCGUGGUUUCAGCGCGAAGCACCGGAUUUCUGGAUUUGCUUGCCUCUCAGCGACUGCAGCAAUCAAGCGUUCAGCUACCGUGGCAUUGGCCUCAAGGUGAGCGGCCCAUCUGCGGCGUUCCGUGUCGUGCUUGCGCUGCGUCGCCGGGCCUGCCUGGUCCACUGA